AUGGAACGAGCCUUUCUACAAAAGCCCGAAUUUUAUAAAGAGUACUGCAAAUUCAUGGAUGAAUACCUAGAACUCGGCCAUAUGCGUGAAGUUGGAGAAUAUCCAAAUAACAUUGAACACAAUUCGUAUUUUUUGCCACAUCACGGCGUUGAAAAGCUGAGUAGCACAACAACAAAACUACGAGUUGUAUUCGAUGGCUCAUCCAAGUAUCGUAAUCAUCGUUCGCUUAAUGAGGAAUUGGCUGCAGGGCCUGCACUACAAUGCGAUUUAGUACAAAUUAUUUUACGUUGGCGCAAACAUAACAUUGCCCUGUGUUCUGACAUAGAAAAAAUGUUCAGGCAAAUCGCUGUUAACCCGAUACAUCAAAAGUACCAACAAAUUCUGUGGAGGAAAUCAGCAGUUGAUCCAGUUAAAAUCUACAAGCUUUUAACGGUAACUUAUGGUACUACACCUGCUCCCUUUUUAUCGGUUAGAACACUAAAGCAACUUGCUACAGACGAGGCAAAAACUUAUCCUGACGCGUCGGAGGUACUUCUUCGUGAUAUUUACGUUGACGAUGUGAUCACUGGGGCUGAUGAUGUAGUUGAAGGCUUAUAUUUGCAAGAUCAGCUUCGUAAAUUAUUAGACUUAAGCUUCGGAAAUGGGCGUCAAACUCUACCGAACUACUGA